UGUGCCCAGGAACAGGGAUUAAAGGGCCUCCCCGGGGAGCUCCCCAAAGCCUCUCUCAGGGGGGAGCAGGAGUUGGGUCAGUAACUCUGGGAAGAGAAAAGGGGGUGGCCCCGGCUUGGGGGGGACAUGAGGGAGUCACACACUCUCCCGGGGGGACACGACCCCCGGGGACCCCCACUCACCUUCUCCCACAGGGGAGGCCGAGCCCCAGCCCAGGCAGCAUCCUGGGGGGAGGGACGGGCAGGAUCCGGGAAAGGGCAGCAGCUCGCGGGUGCCGCGGUUGCCUGAUGACCACAAACAGGGCGGCACCGUCUGUGCCAGCGGCGCGGCCUCAGUUGCCUGAGAACGCGGUCCUGGCUGGUUGUGCACAGCCUGGGCUCCUGCAGGCGGCUUCGCUGGGCGAUUUGCCGAGUGAAUUGUUCACGGAGCGUUGGUCUCUGCAAGCGAGUCCUGUGAAUUUGCAGAGCAUUGGUCUCUGCAGAGGAUUCCUAAACGUGCAGGACAUUGUUCUCUGCUAGGGAGUCCUCAAUUCGCACAGCAUUGGCCUCUUAGGAAGGUUCCUCCACGUGCAGAGCUUUGGCCUCUGCGAAAGGUUCCUGAAUUUCCUUUGAAGUUUUGUUGAGGCAUUGCCACUCAUCUGGGAGACCCUCCCUUCAAAAUGACUUCUGGAGUCCCAGAGAAGAGCUCGACCCCUCAUCUUUUGUCCAGGGAAAGACUGACAUCUUUUACUUUUCCUCAGGUGGUGAAGGUCUCCAUGGGGAGCUCCCCUUACUUCCAGCUCACGUGCUCCAGCGAUGUGUUCCGUGUCGUGCCGCCGGGCGCGUCUGCCCCUGUGCGCAUCCGCUUCAGCCCCGCCGAGAACAAGGAUUAUUCCCAUGAGCUCAUCUGUGUCACUGAAAGGGAAAGGAUAGUUGUGCCAAUUCGGGCCAUUGGUGCCCGAGCUAUCCUGGACUUCCCUGCCCAGCUGGACUUCUCCAAGUGUCCAGUCAAGUGCAGCAUCCAGAAGACUCUGCUGGUCUGCAAUGUCGGUACCCAGGCAGCUUGUUACCAGCUGAGCACCCAGAGUCCUUUCUCCAUGUCACCAGCCAUAGGAAUUCUGGAUGCUGGUGACACCAUGCAGGUGACAGUGGGAUUUCACCUGCUGACCACGGGUGACCACUGUGGGUCCCUGGCAGUGUGCUGCAGCACAGGUGAAGAAAAUAUCCACACAAACCUCCGCGGAGAUGCUGUAGAAGUCAAUGCUGGGUUGAGCACAAAUUCCGUGGAGCUUGAGAAGACUUUCAUCACCAUGUCAAGCCACAAAACAAUGUUCAUUGAAAACAGGAGUAACAUCACAGCCCACUUCCAGUGGAAGGCUUUUCCUACUGAGGAAGGAGAGAUUGAAGAGAAGAGGAGGAAAUUCUUCAUUGUCUCAUCCGAGGACUGUGCAAUCCGAUGCAGCCUUCGGGCUUGCACACUGGGGAUCAGCCCUGCCAAUUUGGUAACACCCAAACCGCUGUCAUUCAUGCUCGAGUACAAGAUGGCAUCGCAGGUGCACGAGGGCAGGUGCAGCCAGUCCUUGACCGCUGUUCGGAUUUUUUGGUCCAGGGCUUCGAGGGCCCCUGCCUUCAGUUCUGAGUGGUCUGCCAGGUAGGUCAGUCGAGGGGUGGUGUAUGUUUUGAGGAUAUCCAGCUUUUGCAGAGGUUUAAGUGGAGCUUGAUCAAUUUGUUUGAGCCAGAAGUCUAGCUUCGCCGAGAGAUUGGGUUUUGCUAUCCCAGUCCAGGGGUCAAACUGCAGGCCGAGGUACUUCUCAGAUUCUCCGGGGUCAAUCAUGUUCAGGGGUGUGCCGUUGAUGGUCCAAGCAGCGCAGUUAUUGACGGCGUAAGAAUCCUUAGUGGGCUUGAUGUAAAAGCCGUGGCAUUUUUCCCCCUGUGUUUUGAGACCGGUGAGAUUGCAGAAGGUCUCUAGUAUUGCGAUGUUUGCUUUCAUGCUUUCCCAGGAGUCGCUCAAUAAAACCAAGUCGUCUGCAAAUGCCAUUGCUGUGAUGCUGCUGCCGUCUCGUUGGUAUCCUUUGCCAC